GAUGGAGAAGAACGUGUCCAAAUCGAGAACGGACGGCUGCCGUGAAAAACCACGUGGAAGCAUAGAGUCCGUGGAUGAGAUAAACGGCCAGGAUCCAUCCCAUGUCCACGGCUCUCCCAGAUGCAUGAGAAGGAAACAAGAUGGCGCCGACUCGUGUGGGGUGAGUACAUUAAUGCGACGACAUGCAGCUGCGAGAGAGUUCAAGUGUUGAAGUAUAUAAAAGGACGAGAGAGACGAAGAAACAAACUCGUCAGGGGGGGGGGGGGAGAGAGCUGAGAUUAUCAAUGGAGAUAUUUGAUGCGGUGAUCGUAGGAGCGGCUCUCAUACUGGGCGGAUAUGCAUUUGUGUUUGGGUUUCUGAGAAGACUCAACGAUUGGUACUAUGCCGGAAGACAUGGCCUUCAUCUUCCACCUGGUGAUAUGGGUUGGCCUUUCCUCGGAGCCAUGCCUGCCUUCCUCUCCUCCUUCAAAUCUCAUCCUGAUUCCUUCCUGUCUCAACUCAUUUCCAGGCACGGCAGGACUGGCAUGUACAGGACUUACCUCUUCGGAAGCCCCAGCAUCAUUGUCUGCAGUCCGGACACUUGCCGCAAAGUCCUCACUGAUGAACAACAUUUCAAACUGGGAUAUCCGACCUCAACCAUCACCCUCGCCGGAAAGAGAUCUCUGCACGGCAUUUCCAACGCCGAACACAAGCGCAUCCGCCGCCUCACCACCUCUCCCAUUACCGGCCACGAGGCCUUGUCUUCUUAUGUUGCCCUCAUCGACCAUAUUGCGGUUCGGUUGCUGGAUGAAUGGAGCAGCGUCAAUGCGCCGAUCGAGUUGUUGUCCGAAUUGAGGAAGUUUGCUUUUGCUGUCAUCACUAAAAUCUUCGUCGGCUCCGACGUUGACUACAUCGACCUUGGCCUGUUCGAAAACUUGUACGCUGACCUCAAUCGCGGAAUGAAGUCCCUCGCCAUCAAUCUUCCCGGCUUUGCUUUCCAUAAGGCCCUCAAGGCAAGAGAGAAGUUGACGAAGGUGCUGCAAAGUUUGCUGGAGCGGAAGAGAAAGAGCAUAAAGGAAAGGACGAAGAAAGACAUGAUGGAUAUGUUGAUGGAGGCGAAGGAUGAAGAUGGAUGGCAACUGGAAGACGAAGACAUAACAGACCUACUUCUCGUAUUCUUGUUGGCUGGUCACGAAAGUUCGGCUCACGCCAUAAUGUGGACCCUCAUCUACCUCACUCAACACCCUGACUCCUUCGAAAAGGCCAAGAGAGAGCAAGAAGAGAUCACGGGGCAAAGACCUUCCUCGCAGAAGGGGCUGAGUCUUAAGGAACUCAAGCAGAUGGAAUAUCUUUCAAAGGUUAUUGACGAGAUGCUGCGCAGAACGACUAUCUCAUUCGCAAACUUCAGACAGGCAAAAAUCGAUGUCAAUAUCAACGGUUACACCAUACCCAAAGGAUGGAAAGUUCUGGUUUGGUAUAGAGGUAUUCACAUGGAUCCGGAGAAUUACGUCAACCCAGAGGAAUUCGAUCCUUCCAGAUGGGAUAAUUUCAAAGGCAAAGCAGGGUCUUUCAUUCCCUUUGGAUUAGGAAGCAGGCACUGUCCUGGAAGUGACCUGGCCAAGCUUGAGAUCGCCAUUUUCGUUCACCAUUUUCUUCUCAAUUACAGGUUGGAGAGAAUUAAUGAAGAAUGUCCUCUGGUCUACUUGCCAAUACCCAGACCUUCAGACAACUGUCUUGCCCGAAUCGUAAAAGUUGAAUAGCUAUAGUGUUGGUUGAAAUAUGCAUCUGAAAAUGAGGAUUACCUGUUGCUUAAAAUAUAAAAAAUAAUAAUAAAUUUUGCUUCCU